AGAAACAAGCCUAGACUGGACAAGGACUGGAGGGCAGGACGUAGAGUUAUUGAAUUAGGAGUGCUGGCAGAUGGACUGUCCGGGUGUAAAAAGUGUGGUCUACCCCUCCAACUGUCUCAUUGCACAGGAAUUAUAACCUUUGGUCUUGCAGCUAUGCUCAAGAUACCAUGCAUGAAUACCCAAUGCCAAUAUGUUAACAAUGUGCCUACUGGAAAGAGACACAAUAUAGUCUGGGAUGCUAACAGCAAGCUAGCUGCAGCUGUCCAACAUACUGGUAUUGGUUAUGAACAGAUCAGUGGAAUACUUGCUGAAUUAAAUGUCCCACCUGUCAGUCGAACAUUACUGAGUAGCAGGCAGGAAGAGGUUGGAUCUGCCACAGAGUCAGUUGCAACAGAAACAAUUCAGGAAGCUCUUGAACAGGAAGUCCUAACAACAUCUAUGAGCAAUCAAUCUUCCUCCAUUACUGUGAGUGUAGAUGGGGCAUGGCAAAAGCGAGGAAGUGGGAGGUCAUAUGACAGCCUUACUGGACACUGCUCAAUGAUAGGAAGCCAGACGGGAAAAAUUGUGGGUUAUAGCUUUAGGAACAAAUCAUGUAGAAUUUGUGAACGAGCAGAAAAAAACAACCGAGCCCCAGUUCCACAUGAAUGCAAAAGGAAUUGGACAGGUAGCUCCAAGUCCAUGGAAUCUGACAUGGUGGUGGAAUUGGUUAAAUCAACAUUGAAGAAAGGGAUUCAAGUAGAGGCACUAGUUGGGGAUGACGACACAACCACAAUGUCAAGAAUUCAUAAAGAAAUAGACCCAAGCAUCAAAAAGCACUCCGACAAAAAUCAUAUUAAAAAAAAUGUAUCCAAUUCACUCUAUGCGCUGCAAAAGAAACACAACAGUUUUUCAUCAAAAGUGAUAAAAUACAUUCAGAAGUCUUUCAACUAUAUGAUCUCUCAAAACCAGGGGAAUCCCACCGGGAUAGAGAAAGGCCUUGAUGCUCUGGCUCUUCACCCAUUCAACGACCACAGCCAGUGUAGUGAAAUGUGGUGCCACCACAAAAGAAAUACAACAAAGAAAUACAGUUUACUACCCUAUGGACGGCCUUUAGAGAGUGAGAACCUAAAGCAAGAUCUUUUAAGCAUUUUCAACAGACUAAAGAAACAUAGCACCAACCUUGCCAAUCUUGGAAGCACCCAAGCAAAUGAAAACUUCAACAAGACAGUAGCUUCCAAGGCAUCUAAAUCCCACCUCUUCAGUCGUACUAUAGGCUACAGAGUUGCAGGUAGUGUAGCACAGAAAAACCUAGGGCAACGGUAUUUGAUUGAGGUCAACAAAAAAAUGGGAUUAUCACCAGGCGGACACACCAAAAAAUUGACUGCAAAAAAGGACAAGUCUGCUGGUCGUAAAAAGGCAUUGCCACUAACUACGAAGGCAAAAAGGAGGAGAUUAUUUCUCAAGGCAGAAAGGAAACAAGUGAUAGCCUGCAAAGAAACAAGAGAGGGGCCAACUUACUCUUGCGGUAUUGGUUUGCAUACUGGGAAUGACACUGAAACCAUUCCAGCUCCUGUUACCCAGCCCCUCAAACAGCCUCUACAGAUUUCUAAAGAGAAUCCUUUGAUCUUUUUUUACCUUGAAUCAACAGGACUGGCAAGGACCUCUCAUAUCACACAUAUGGCAGCUGUGUUUGAAGAGGAAGUGUUCUCAGAAUAUGUCACGCCAGAGGUUCCUAUCACACAGAAAGCUGCAGAAGUCACCGGAAUUACAUUUUUAGCAGGAAAAAUGUAUUGUAGAAAUGUUGAAGUUAAUGCUCUCAAACUCACUGCUGCUGUCGAUUCCAUUCUUGAUUUUUUCUCAAGGUUUCAACCCUUACUUCAGGCAUCCACCUUGCACCAUGCUGAGAGCUACCAGUGA